AUGGUUCCAUCCAACAUCUUUCCUUGGCUCAUCAGCUGCUUGCUGAUGAGCAAGGUAACACUGGCCACGGAAAUUACUGAUUGGUUUACUGUAGCCACCGCUUCCCAGGACCCUGGCAGCUGUUCUAGCUACAUCGAUGCCUUUGAUAUUCACAUGGACGAUGUGAUCACUCUUUACGACGCCAUUAUUGAAGCACAGGACUACGCAUUCGGCGACCUUAGGCACGAAAAUAGCGACGAUGGAGAAAAGACUUUGGUGGCUCAAAAGCUUUUCACCACUUACUUCGGUAUUCAGUUCCUUGAGGAAUUCAAUAACCUGUACGGACAGUUUAUCGAUGAUAAGACCUAUCAGGCUCCGAAAACUCCUCCUCGUGUGUUCUGCAGUGACCCGGGUCAGAAGUUUGAUUGGGAUGCGAUAGCUUUCGGGCCAGAUGGAAACGCUUUGACUGACACUGAUGGUGAAGGAAUAAGUAUAAAAACACUUUACAAGGAGCAGAGAGGAAAGUUCCCAUAUUGGGUUAAGGAAAUGAAGGGAUAUUUCUUCCUAGACAGAUUGUACGAGAAUGGCAUCUGCAGCACAGAAACCAGCAUCGGACAGCUGGCCGCAGCAACCUUUUAUGGCCAUAAGUUCAGUCUCACCGACGUCAAUGCGUUUGAUGGAAGCGAUAUGCGUGUUGGGGAAUUAGCGCUUGGGGAUAUGCUAGUCUUGUGUUCUACAACAAUCUUUGGGUUGAAUCAGCCUGCUUCAUUGAGUGAACUUGACGGAGAGUUCGUGGGAUCUGAAGUCCAGCUUACCCAAGUACUGCCGCAAAGUGUUACGUUAUUCCACGAAUUAUGGCACAUGGUGACAGCUUGGAACACAGACAACACAUUGGAACAGGAUGAGCAUGUGGGAGAUAAGACAUUUUAUUCCUCCAGCAUGAAUGUCUCAGAUCAGAAUGUUUAA